CCGGCACUGGCCGCGGGGCAGCGUGAAAAAUGAUUCCCCAGAGCAACUGAUGCGCCACGCGCUGCCGCAGCUUGAUACCAUAGCUUGGUAUGGAGUAGCCAUUGGUCUGGAGUAGCUCACAGAUAGCCCACACCUAACAAACAUGGGCGCUGGCGGCUCGACGGAAGGCGCACACCUCACCAGAGGCACCAGCAAAAACAACCUCGGCGUGCUGUUUGACCGCGAGGCCGAGGAGGCCUUCCAUGCCGCCGCGACUGGUCCGGAAGACGAACUCGCCGUGCCCUGGUCCGUGGCCGACGCGUACGUGAAGACGCGCGACGAGCGCUGGCGCGACCCGAAGCACGUCUUGUUUCAGAAUCUGAAACAAUUCCGCGUCGCGCGGGUCGAGAUCGAGAAGAUCGCGAACGAGAAGAUCAAGGGCACAAUCCGUGAGAUCCCGUGGCGCGACGGCGACGCGUGCCAACAGCGCGGCCUCGCCGGCAAGCCGGCCGCGUCGCUCGACGCGCUGUACGCGAUCGCCAACCUGGCGUGCAAAGUCUACCAGGUGAUCCUGACGGACAUCUGUAAGGGCGGCCCACCCCUGAACCUGGCACCGCUCAAGGGCCGCGCGCGAGCCGAAGAAAAGGCGCGCAACGAAUACGCGGACAAGCAGGCGCCGUGCUACUCGUGGCUCUUCGACAUCGUGAGAGGCUCCGUGUACUGCGACCACGAGGACGACCUGGUCGCGCUCUGGAAAAAGAUCGAGGCGGACCCGCGCAUCGAAAUUGUCCGAACGAAAAAUCGUUUCAAUCCCCCAGAAUUCAACGGCUACCGCGACAUCAUGAUGAACGUGGCCGUUGACGUGGAUACGCCUGCCGGGAAGAUAUCGCACCUCUGCGAGCUCCAGAUUCACCUCACUGCAAUUAAGAAGUCGGAGCCGAUGCACAAGAGUCACGCCGUCUACGAGUUCUUUCGAUCGUUCUUUUUGGGGAACGCAGAGGCGGUCGAGAAGCGGCUGGACAUGUUCUGCGCGCUGCCCGUCGACGACGCUAAAGAUGCGGACGAGCUUGUGGACCACGUGCUCGGGUCCGACGCGGACGCGAGUUUGCUCGAGGGGCUCUGUGAAUUGCUCACGUCGAUCCAGGAGAACGCGGGCGUCGUGAAAGUCCGGGAAGCCAUCUUAGCGGAGCAUGAGCGCGAGUUUGGCGCGGAGAGCAAGGAGGUGGGCGGGGCGCUGUAUGAUCUUGGGCUCGCGUACUAUGAUCUCGGCAACCAAGCCAAGAAUCGCGACGUGCUGGAGCGCGCGCUCCCGAUCUACGAGCGCGAGUACGGUAGUGACAGCACGGAGAUGUCCGGUUUGUUGAAUAAUCUCGGGAACGCGUACGGCUUUUUAGGCGACCACGCGAAGUCGCGAGACAUUUAUGAGCGCGCGCUCGCGAUCGACGAGCGGGCGUACGGCCGUGACCACCCGGAAGUGGCCCCCACGCUGACGAGCCUCGGGGACGCGCACAACCAAUUGGGCGACUACGCCAAGGCGCGAGACAUGCUAGAGCGCGCGCUCGCGAUCAAGGAGCGGGCGUACGGCCGCGAUCACGUGAAUGUGGCCAGCACGCUGACGAACCUCGGGACCGCGUACGGCGCCUUAGGCGACCCCGCGAAGGCGCGAGACAUGCUGGAACGCGCGCUCGCGAUCGACGAGCGGACGUACGGCCGCGACCACCCGGAAGUGGCCAAGACGCUGGAGAACCUUGGGUGUGCGUACGGCGACUUAGGCGACAACGCGAAGCUGCGAGACAUGCUGGAGCGCGUGCUCGCGAUCAAGGAGCGGGCGUACGGCAGCGAGCACCCGAGUGUGGCCAUCACGCUGAAUAACCUCGGGACCGCGUACUGCGACUUAGGCGACCCCGCGAAGGCGCGAGAUGUCCUGGAGCGCGCGCUCGCGAUCGACGAGCGGGCGUACGGCCGCGACCACGCGGACGUGGCCGGCACGCUGAUGAACCUUGGGUGUGCGUACGGCGACUUGGGCGACCCGGCGAAGAAGCGAGACAUGCUGGAGCGCGCGCUCGCGAUCGAGGAGCGGGCGUACGGCCCCGAUCACAUUGAUAUAGCCCCCUCGCUGUUCAACCUCGGAAGCUUGCACGAGGAUCUAGGCGAGAAGGCUAAGGCGCGCGAGUUCAUCGCGCGCGCUCUCGCGAUUGCCGAGCGCACAUACGGAAGCGACCAUCCUCGUACCGAUAUGUGCCGAAGGCACCUCGCCAAAUUAUCAUCGUGAGCUAGAGCCGCUUUCACCUCCUCUACAGAUAUCGAGUCCUCUCCGUCCCAGGCGCGAAACGCCUCCGUAUAUGCGGUUCCCCCCACGCGCUGCCGACGCGAC